UUCGAAUGUGAUUUGACGCAAAUUUUCCUCGAACCUUUAAAAACCGUCGAUGGUUUCCACUUAUCAGUCCCCUUAUCUCGUCCAGGCCCACCUCACGAUUUCGAAGAGUGAUCGGCCGUCGAUCCAGCUAACACUUUCCGAACUUAAACAAAUCUAAACCACGUUAUUCCGUUCCUUUCUCCUAAUAAUCAGUGAAUUUUUCAUUGAUCGCUAUCACGAUUACUCUGUGCAGCUCGAAACUGUAACAGAUCGAAAGGGUUGAUUAUUCGCGGUUGGACAUGGUAAUUUCACGUGGACAUGGAAAAAAUUAAUCGAACAUUUGUAGCCAAUUUCGGAACGUAAUCUUAUCACCAGCCUGUUUGUGUAUAUCUUAUCGCGGAUCUUGUUCUCGAGUAUUUUAUUUGCCGCGGAAUUUUGGAAGAUUCGUGUCCAUAGAGUCCAGGAAAAUCUAUUUCUCUCGGAAAAUAAAUAUGCUGUUAAAUCGGUAGAGGCGGCUCGAACGCGGGAACCUUCCCCAACAAAUUUCAAUGAAAUUAGCAUCGAUUGAAAGGAAAGAUUUUCCAGUCGGAAAAAUCGAGGUUCGUUUCCCUUUUCCCUACUCCGUCAGAUUUCUGUCCAUCGAUUGGCCGAUCGACGAUGGUUCCUGUCCCGGUGAUUACGUCAUCGAUGACCUUGAUCAUCGACGGUGUCCGGCGGCCGAUUGAUAAAUCAUUUGGAGGCACUCGAUCGUCGAGUGGCCGAGCAUCAGUGUCGUCGGCGUAAAGCGCAGAUCGGGAGCUAAUUAACCGAGAUCUCUCGGGCUGAUCGGUUAUCGUGAUCGCAGGAACGGGAAGUCGGGCCAGGAGUAAGAUCUUCCUCGUGAUCCACGCAGCGAUAGGAUUUACCUAUGAUUCCCCCGUGCGUUCUCAGGAGGACCACGCUUCCGCAGAAGAAGCGUAUCUGGCAUCGUUCCUAAUCCCCUUUCCGCUCCCCCUCCCAGCGUCCUUGAUUUUCCGUACGCAAGUUUACCGGUCCGGGAAACUCCUGGUGCACCUGCCGGCAGAGCAGAGGGCUCCUCUGCUCCGAAGGAGCUCGCGAGAGGACGAUUCUCAAUAUGGACAUGAGCAGCGAGUCUAGCGCGGCCAGGUGGUACGAGCCGCCUAGGUCCACGCUGGAACCACCCUCCGGGGGCGCCGGAGUGGCCGGAGUCGUCGGCAACCCGACCGAUUACAGGGGUUACUACCCCCACGCUGGACCCACGGCUCAUCACCCCGCCGCCGCCGCAGCGCACUACGCUCACACAAGGAUGUCGAGCAGCGGUGUGACGAGUGGGCCGGUAAGUCAGGUCUGUCGGCCGCACUUUCACAGCUCGGUGCUGCACCCGUGGCUGUCGGGCAGCGGGGCGGACACGUCGAAAACACCCUGGGGAUUCCCUACGAGCACAGGCUCGACCGGUGGCACGGUGAACGACGACAAACCGCAGAGUCCGUUAGGCUCUUUACCACCGACCAGCGGAAGCCUGUCGAGUCACGGCGGAGCUGGAGCGGGCCACCAUUUGUUCUCCUUUCCGCCGACACCUCCGAAGGACGCCACCCCCGACAGCAUCACCGCCAGCACAACCUCCAGCACGAACAACAACAACAGCAGCAGUGCGAACAAUAACAACAAUAACGGUAGCAACCCUCUGUCCGGUCUGGGGGGAGGUGGGGCAAGCAGCGAGUACCAAGCGGCGGUGGCCCACGCGGCGGUCAUGGGCGCUUUCAUGCACCAUCAGGACGCUCUGGGCGGUUCGGGCGCGAGCUCGUGCGACGUUAAGCCAAGCGUGAUGCUGGGACACCACCACCACGGAGCACCGUCGCCGCCGCACCAGCAGCACAACGGGACGACGAACGGCGGGAACGGUGGGAACGGGACGAACGGCGGCGCCGGGGGCACCGGCCAGGUGAAGCAACGCGAAGGUAAUAACCAGUCGGGCAACGUGUCUGGCAGCCAACAGGCUAGCGCCGCGCAACAGCAACAGCAGCAGCAGCAACAGCAACAACAGCAGCAGCAGCAGCAACAACAGCAGCAGCAGCAGCAACAGCAGCAACAAGAGGCUGCGUAUCAGGGAAACAAUGUGGCGGGCGGUGGCGGUGGUGGCGGUGGCGCGAGCUCGCCCUCCUGCAGGGAGAGUUACGCGGCUGCUGCCGCCGCUGCCGCCGCCGCCGCGGCCGCGGCCGCAGCUGCCUCCAACACCCACCAUGCCACCUCCGGAUCCCAGUACGACCCGGCAACCAGCGCGUAUAACAUGUACCAGCACCUGCAGUAUCCUAGUACCACCCACCACCAUCACCAUCACCAUCUUCACGGCGCCUCCUCGUCGUCUUCUUCGUCCGCGUCCCACAAUCCGCACAACGGGACCGCGGUUUCCGGUAUAUUCGGCCACCACGCCGCCGCCGGGGCCGGCAACGCGACCGGCGUGGCCGGCGUAAACGUCGACUCGAAGUUGUUGGUCGGUCACACGCACGGCAACACGCCGAGUUCGCCGUCCGCGCAGCAGCAGCAGCAGCAAAAGCCGAGGAACAAGUCGAGGACGUCCGCCGAGGGUCGCGAGUGCGUGAACUGCGGCGCGACAUCGACGCCCCUUUGGAGACGGGACGGCACAGGGCACUACCUCUGCAACGCUUGCGGCCUCUACUACAAGAUGAACGGCCAGAAUCGACCGCUCAUCAAGCCGAAACGACGCCUGUCGCUGCAGAGUGCGGCAAGACGGGCGGGCACCAGCUGCGCCAACUGUAAAACCGCGACCACCACGCUCUGGCGGAGGAAUCAGGCCGGCGAGCCAGUUUGCAACGCGUGCGGCCUCUACUACAAGCUACACAACGUGAACCGGCCGCUCACGAUGAAGAAGGAGGGCAUUCAGACGAGAAACAGGAAGCUCUCGUCGAAGAGCAAGAAGAAGAAGGCCGGCGGCUGCCUAGGCCUCGGCGGCGUGAUGGGCGAUAUGAUCAAGGCCAGUGGUCAUCUCGAUCUCGAUAACAAGCCAUUCCACUCGGGCUUCGGUUCACCAAUGAGCACGUCGCAGCAUCACCACACGAUGCACCCGGCGAUGCAGCACUACAUGUACCACACGGGCGUCGGCGUGGCCGGAGGUCUUCAUCAAGGCUUCGCACCACCGGCGCCGCCCCCGAUCCACCCCCACUCGCAUUCGCAUUCCCAUUCCCAUCACAUGACGAGUCUUCAGGGUCUCCAGUUGGCCGCCACGACGAAUGCGAUGACCGGUUGGCGAUCGGAGUACACAUGAAUCGCGAGUGAUCAGCAGCUCAGGACGCAGCCCACCACUCUUGUUCUAUCGUAAACUUAAAAGAAGUCGAACUCCUCUCUUUCUCUCCUAGCGACAAAGGGAGACGGUUUUCGAGAACAGGGAAGUAUACCCUGAGAACACACCAUUUCUUUUUUUUUUUUUUCCUUUUUCCUCUCUUUCUUUCUUACACAUACACACAUACAGGUCUGUCCUUCUAAUUUCUAUUCUCUGUUUCUGUUCUCCUGUUGUUGCGGUCUCGCGUCGCUGUAAAUAUGUAAAGUUUCAUCGUAGGGCCAUCGAGCCCAGGCCCCAAGUACAAACGAAGUCAGCUAACUUGUAUCGAGUCUUAUUAUACGCGCCUGUACAUAUAGAUACACUUAUACGGUUAAAUGCAAGAGUUUAUAUUAUGUGCGUGUACGUGUGAAUGAUGGGAGGGUGGGGCACGCCGGUGCGCGCCCCCCGUCCCUGUUUCGACGCGGAGCCUUCGAGGACGAUUCUUUCUCACAGGGUGCUUUAUCAGCGAAUAAAUUAGGAACAUAAUCGGUCGAACGGUUAUUCGAAAACAAAGAAAGAAAAGGGUAUGAAACCCUCGCGAAUCGGAAUCGAUCUUCGGAGAGCAGCCGCGUUAGUCUUAAAUGCGAAUCGAGAGACAUCGUGCAAUUUUCAAAAUCUUUUAUCAAACCGCGCCGAUCUUUUCAGCCUCCCUUCGAGACGGAUUCGUUUGUGUUUCCCCCCGUCGCGUUUAACGCAAAGGGAGGUGGGUAUCUCGCGUUUGCGCUGAACGGGACCGGACGGGGGUGUUUAAUUUAUUCGAGGGUGGAGGGAGAGAAGACGUCGCGGCGUCGUGUGUCGUACCGGUUAGAGGAUAGCCAGCGGACAAGUAAAUGUAAAACCACGUAGCGUAAAUCCGUAAAUUAUAUCGAGUUUCCGGUGAAUCCAGAUCGGGUCGAUCGUCCUGUCGCAGGAGGUCACGGGUGGAGGGACAGGGGAGAGGCGCGAGCUAAGGAGCAAGCCAGAAAUGCAGAACGGAGGAGGAUAAAGUGAAAACGAAACGAGAUAUCCGGCUACGGAGGAAGGCGUUGUAAAUUUUGUAUCUUCGAGAUUGUGUACCGUUAUCAUUGUAAUGAUAGUAUAUAAAUAUAUAAAUGAACAAAAUCUAUAUGAAUGAAUAUAAAUAAACAGAAAUAAAUAAAUAUAUAUAUAUAUAUACACACACACACACAUGGAAAUAUAAAUAUUAUAAAUAUUAUAAAUAAAUAGAAACGGCGUGGAGGACGGCUGGCUAAGCGCCGGGUGAGAGGAGUAAAAGUGAUUGUGCAUAAAUUAGCGGUUAAUUGCGCAUCGUAAGAUUUGCAUCUAGAUAGUCGAGCGAUGGUAAUUAAAACGAUUUAUCGCGAGCGAAAAGGUUAAUAGCCGUAAAUGACGAUUAUCAUUAUUAUUCUUAUUACUAUUAUCGUCGUCGCCGAUCGGCCGAUCGCCGAUUAUUCAUUAAUCGUUCUAAUUAAUUAAUUAAUCGCGGAGUGACUCGGCCGCGGUCGUUAACACGAGUCCAGACCACAUUGUGAUCCUUUCUUUUUUCGAUGUUUAGGGUGUUUUUAAGGGGGGGAAUUGGGAGCGGGGAGGGCAGAGGGGUUGAAUCGAUUCUCGAUCCUCGAUCCUCCGCCUUAAAAAAUUCACAUUUUCCGUCGGACAAAAUUUUUUCUUCAAACUUGAAAACCUUUCCUCUCUUUGGACGUCUCGGUUUCGAAACUGAACCGACGGCAGAGGAUCGACGAUCGAUCGAGCCAACCCCGGGGAACUCGCGGUAGGGGUGACUUUUCCCGAAAAAGACUGAGAAGCUAGACGAACGGCACGACGGAUACGACCCAGCCGGAGGGGGGUGCUUUCUGGCGAGGAAUUCGCGAACAACCACCCCCGCAUUCAGGAACGAGAAGAACGCGAGAGGGAGGUUAUUCUAAUAAUAGUAUUAUUAGGGAGUAGCGUGUAGACUGUAUAAAACACACGAACCGAGACAGACACACAAACAUACACACGGAUAUACAGCCGCAUAGGUAUAAAUGAUGUUUAAGAGGAGAAGAAGGGAAAGUUGGGGACAGAUAUGGUCGUCGACGUAGGAUCGACGAGUAGGACAGAGGAGGUGUAUCGUGGCGAUAUUAUUUCGAAUGUAUAAAGCGACAUUGUAAGAUAUCAUUGUAAAAAAAGGUUUUAACUUAAAAUAAAUUAAACGAUAAUUCACGCAUUAACA